UUUGAUUACUGAAUCCAAUCGAAAACAAUCGAACGAUUGAAGCUCAAUUAGGUUCGAUCACGUAAAGUAAAGUAGAGAUUUGAAAGCGUCGAUAAGAAAACAAUUAUUCCAGUUCUUGAUGUGUAUAUACCAGACGGAACCCAGAACUGAGUCAGUCUUGUAAUAGACCUGUGUGCUGAAUUUAUGAAUUGGGGAGUCUAUUCCUAGGCAAAGGUGUGGUAGAUAUGCCUUUUAUCCUGUUCCCAAUGCCACUUGCAAGAAACAUAGCGUGUUUGAUGUUGCAGUUUUCCGGAAAGGGAAUGGAUCAGAUUAUUAUCUUCUACAUUUUUGUGCGUUCAAAGUGACACUCAUUUUGCUUAAAAUUGCCACCUUGCCUUUAUGAGCAAUGAAUUUAUUGUUUGGAAUUUAACAGAAGUCAUCAAUUUUUGUCUUUAUUUUAGAAUGCAUAAGUCCUUCAUACCUCGGGGUGAUGCCCAAAAAUUCAUCGAAGAAACUUCAAGUAAUGGGGAAGUCGUCAUAAUUUGUGGUGCGGUGGAUGUGGAUUUGUAUCUCGCAGCAAACACAAAGUCGUUUCUUAUUGCUGCUGGCUGGGUGACUCCAGAAGAAAAAGUCGUGCAAUAUGGCAUACCAGCACCCACGCCUACGAAAAUGAGGGCCCUUAUUGAGAUAAUAGUCAAUCAGACCAACUGGUACUAUUUGUGUGCUUUCGAUGAUCCUGUACCAACUAAGGUGGUGUCCCUUUGUCUGUCAAACACGUAUACAGUCUCCCCUGAAGAGAAAGCCAUGGCAGAGGCCUUUAAAGCCAUCUUGAAAUAUGGAGCCGACAACCCAGCUAUUAAACAAGCUUUGAUCUGCUACCUUAUGGCAGCUAUUGCCCACGACAAGGAUUUUAAAGAGGUAGAAGAUUGGGCAGUGACCCCUUCCUCUUCAACAAACCCACCCCAGAUUAUGGAAGAUUUGAAAGAGCACGUCCGAUGCAUGAUGAAUGGGCGAAAGCAUGAGGCAAUAUUCAUCAGACACACAGCAACAAAAAAAUCGAGGUCUGAUAGUAGAGAUGAUAGGCAGAAAAAUGAUUAUUGCCUGAAGCAUUUUCAGUCUAUACGUGUAAAUGACAAGUAUAAGGGAAAGCUAAAGGGUAGGGUUGUGUGUGUGUUCGAUGACUACCUUACACAUGGUAAUACAUUUGAAGCUCUUCGGAAUCUCUUAAUCAAGUGCGAAGUAAAAAAGAUUAUUUUUGUUUCAAUUGGAAAAUUUAAGCGUAAUUAUGAAAGCCAAUACAUCCAAAAGUCCUUUUCUAUUGAAGGUGAUGUAUAUUCAGAGAAAUACACAGCAGAAUUCAACACUGCUGCAUGUCACGAGGUUGAGUUUGACGAUGCUGCUCAACGAAGCCUGGAGAAUCUUAAACAGCUAGCCACCUAUCUGUGUUGAAGAGAGUGCCUCUCCAACUCUUUUUACAGGUUCUGGAAACGGGGUCCUGUUCCUGCAUUUGCACUCCUUUUUUUACGAAAUUCAAAAA